CGAUACCUGGUACCAGGACUGCGCGUACACGCUGUUCUUCUUUCUGCUCGACGUCUUUCAGUCCGUGGAGCCCUACAAAUCGGAGUACGAGAAUAAUGCCGACACGACCUGCUACGUCACGUGUACGGGCUUCGAUCGGGCGAAGUUUAUGGAGCGGCAGAAAGGCCGGGCCUUGCCGUGGAAGCGGUACCGGCGCUGCACCGCGACCUUUCUUGGUAGAAGGGCGCCGCGUGCUGCGGGGUUCGGGGGCGCCUCUCCGCUCCUCCUCCGCCGCCAAGACACGGACGAGUUGUCCACCGCUGCUGCGAGCAGUGCGCCAAGUGCAACUUCCGGCAGGGGACGGUGGACGGACGAUGGCGCUGCCGGAACAACUUCACCAGAACUGAAACCGGACGAGAGGACAUCAUUUACGACCAGGGCGGCGAAAGUCGAUCGCGAACAGGGGCAGGCUGCACAAGUUGAAACGGAAAAGGACAGAACCGCCAAAAGCAAAAAGCCGGAGGAGAGUGCAAGCGAAUCUGAUGCCUCGGACGUUGUUCAGGCAUCAAUCGAGAAGUCCGCGACAGAGGAAGAAGUAAUGGCAUCGAAGAACGAAGUCGCCGGCGAGGAUGAGAAACUCCAGUCAGCCGGAAGUGGUGAUUGUGCACGACCAGCUUGUUUGGAGGUACCAGGCGGAAGCGAUGGCAGUGAUAUUAAACGUGCUGCAACAGACGUCACGUCCUCGGCCCUCCAAAAUGUGUCGCAGCUCCAAGAUGAGACAGUUGAAGCGGCAAAGCAGCACGGGGAUGGCGCAACGGAAAGAAACGUGUUCAACAACGAGUGCAAGAACCACGGCAGUUGUACUGCGGCGGUGGACGACGUAGAAGUUGAAACAGACGAUGGGACAAGAAAUCGCUUCACGAUGUGGCGCGAGCCGUCCAGUUACGAAGUAUUUUUGCGACUCGCGGACGUGGUGCGGCAGGACCUCUCGUCGGAACAAGACCUGCAGGAGGCGCUGCAGACUUCGCUAUUAAGUACCGACACGUUGUAUGCCAUGUCUGUGUACGCGAAGGCAAUUAUCGCGGAGGAGCUGGAGAUCGAGCCGGAACACUUGUACUGCUUUCCGCUUGCCGACGCUCUUGGCCGCGGAGGACGCGAAGAGGAAACGAAGGCCUCCGUCCAAGCCCGGCUCCCGGAGAUUUGUGGCAAGAUUGAUCGGAUUCACAAGGUGUUUGACUACGUAAAUCGCAUGCGGCAAGUGGCGCAGAGCAGUCGCGAGAAGAAGGCUUCGGUGACCCUGAAACUGGCCCCCAUUCCCGUGACGGAAAUGUACCCGGACCUGAUCCGCACCAAGGUGUCGGCUGUCUGCUCCAGUGUGGAGUGGGUGCACUGCGAGCCCAUGAGCGUGGGCGCGGGCGCGUACGUGUGGCUGCAGUUCCGCGAACGGUGGCACUUGGAGGCGGUGCAGCGUGCGGUCAAGGAAAACGGGCUGUUCGGCUUUGGGGUAUCGGCCAAAGAGGUGCCCACCUUCUCCCUGCGCGAGCGCCGCGAGAAGGAGCGCCAAUGGGCGGAGCGGGCGCAGAACCAAUGGGGCAGUCGCAAGGGGAAGGGAAAGUCCGGAAAGGGGAAACAAGGUAAGCGCUCAGCUGCUGGUGGCAAGAAUCACAAGGGGAGCGCCGGCACCUCCAAAGGAGGAUCGUAAGAGGACCUUGUAAAAACUCUUGUUCUCUUUAUAGAUUGCGACAAUGUGAAUUGACCCGAGGACAAAGGAUGAACAAGUGCAACUCGUUUGAAGUAUUAAGUUGUACAGAGAAACAUGAAUCAUCACACAGCGACCGAGUAACGACGGUUUUCGAUGUCGCUCUCGAAAAUCGUGCGCUCAAAGACAAACGACUCAACAAACGACAAACAAGGAACUGAAGAUGAGCAUAGGAAUGAGUAAACCUUUGCAGCGGGUGAUACGAACGACAAUCAUAAAU